UUUCAUACAUCAUUUGGUAGUAGGCGCUUGUUUAGUUAGGUUCAGCAUCCGGCGAGAUCAUGUUAGAAAUCACUGUGCAAAUAUUAAACAAUAAAAAUAAUUGAAUACAAAAAAAAAAAAACACUUAAUUCCAGAAACAUUUCAGUGAAUUGUAAAAUAUAAUUAAAUUUUUUUUUAAAUAAUAAAUAAAUUUUAAACUAUGGAUAUCGAGCUGCAAAAUAAAACCAUUUCUUGUAAACAAGGAAAUAACCACAUCAAAAAGACCAAUGAAAACGAUGAUUCAAAAAGACCUAAUUGGUCGAAUAGCGUCGAAUUCCUUAUGUCAUGUAUAUCAGUAUCAGUUGGAUUGGGAAAUGUAUGGCGAUUUCCGUUUACAGCUUUCGAAAAUGGUGGUGGGGCAUUCUUAAUUCCAUAUAUCAUCGUUUUGAUAAUUAUUGGCAAACCGAUGUACUACUUGGAAAUGAUACUGGGACAAUUCACAAGCAAAAGUUCGAUUAACAUUUGGGCAGUUUGUCCGGCUUUUGUAGGUGUUGGAAUUGGACAGGCAUAUUCAACUUUAUUAAUCAUAACUUAUUACUCAUCACUUUUGGCCUUAAAUUUGUAUUACUUUGGAGUGUCAUUUCAAUCUGUUCUUCCAUGGACGUAUUGUAGAGAUGAAUGGGGUGCGAUAUGUGUGCCCUCAAAUGGAACAGGCAAUAGAAGUACACAUGACGAAAAACAUCUUCAAACUAGUUCCGAAUUGUAUUUUCUAAAAAAAGUCAUCAAUGAAAAGGACAGCAUAGCAGAUGGAAUCGGUUUUCCGAAUAUUAAUCUGACGAUAGCCCUUUUAGUAUCAUGGAUAGUAAUAUUUUCGGUUAUUGCAAAAGGAGUCAAAAGUUCCGGCAAAGCAGCUUAUUUUUUGGCACUUUUCCCAUACUUUGCUUUAUUUGCAUUACUCAUACGGGCUGUUACUUUGGAAGGUGCCAUGAAUGGUAUCAUAUUCUUUUUGAAACCAAACUGGGCGGAAUUACUUAACCCUAAGGUUUGGAAGGAAGCUGUUGUUCAGUGCUUCUUUUCUUUAGCUGUCGGACUUGGUUCAAUUGUAAUGUUUUCUUCUUAUAACAAAUUUGACCAUGGGAUUUAUAGAGAUGCCAUGAUAGUUACAACAUUAGAUACAUUUACAAGCAUACUUGCUGGUGUUACAAUGUUUGGUGUUCUUGGAAAUUUGGCACACAAUCUUAAUAUUGAAAAUAUUUCUGAAGUUGUUCGAAGUGGUACUGGCUUAGCUUUCAUAUCAUAUCCAGAUGCUAUUGCCAAAUUUGAAUUUAUUCCUCAGAUAUUUGCAGUUUCCUUUUUCUUUAUGAUGUUCGUCCUUGGAGUUGGAUCUAUUGUAGCACUUCAAAGCUCAAUUUGUACAAUGAUUUGCGAUCGUUUUGUAUCGUUUAAAUUUGUUUACGUAGCAAUUGUAACAUGCGCCUUAGGAUUCCUAAGCAGCAUCGUUUAUGCUACGCAAGGUGGACAGUGGAUUUUAAAUUUGAUAGAUUUUUACGGUGGAACUUUUGUGGUAUUUGUUUUGGCAAUUUUUGAACUGAUUGGAAUAACUUGGAUUUAUGGGUUGCAAAAUUUCUGUGAUGAUGUGGAAUUUAUGACAAAUAAGAAAGUAACAUUAUAUUGGCGUCUAUGUUGGACUAUAUUAACUCCAGGAAUUAUGUUAAUAAUUUUUAUUUAUUCAAUGAUAACUAUGGAAUCAGCAAAAUAUAGUGGCAUGGAAUAUCCUGAAUUGGCAAAUAUUGCUGGAUGGUUAAUUUUGAGCAUUGGCUUUGCUCAAUUUCCCUUAUGGUUUAUAUGGGAAGCUUCGAACAAUAGUGGAAGAAAUCUUUAUUGGAAAAUAAAAACAGUUUUACGUCCAAGUGAAAGCUGGGGACCUGUUGAUCCAGAAAUAAGAGCAAGAUGGGAACUUUUUAAAUUAGAUAAGGCUGAAAAGAGAAGAAAAACAAAUGAAACAAAUAAAAUAAGUUUCUUUUGGCAAAAAAUAAAUAACUUAAUUGGAAAAAAUAGUUAUUGAGAUAAACCAGACUGAUUAUUCCAAAACAAAACCUUCUCUUAUUAAGAUAAAAGA